AUGCUUCGCACUGUCACCUCAACGACCCGUACUGCCUCGGCACCUUCUGCGCUUGUUUUGAGACGCAACUAUGCGACCCGCUAUGGAGAUGAAGGUGGAUACGGCAACUGGAGCAACAGCGGUAUCGGGAGCCCAAGGAAGUCAUUGCCCAUCAACACUGUUGUCAAGUUUGUGCCACAGCAGGAAGCAUGGAUUGUUGAGCGCAUGGGACGAUUCCACAGGACUCUGGAGCCAGGACUGCAGAUUCUUAUGCCCUUCUUGGACCGUGUGAGAUAUGUUAAGAGCCUCAAGGAAGUCGCCAUUGAAAUUCCCAGUCAGAGCGCCAUUACCCAAGACAACGUUACCUUGGAUCUGGAUGGUGUUCUGUACUUCCGAGUGGUCGACCCUUACAAGGCAUCAUAUGGUGUCGAGGAUGCCGAGUUCUCUGUUGCCCAACUUGCUCAGACAACCAUGCGUGCUGAGAUUGGUCAAAUGACUUUGGAUCGUACGUUGGCGGAGAGAGCGCACUUGAACUCCAACAUUGUCGAAGCUAUCAACACUGCAGCAGCGGACUGGGGAAUCCAGUGCCUUCGUUAUGAAAUACGGGAUAUUCACCCUCCUGCAAAGGUUGUCGAGAGCAUGCACCAGCAAGUCUCGGCCGAACGUACCAAGCGUGCCCAGAUUUUGGACUCUGAGGGUUCUCGCCAGGCUGCUAUUAACGUUGCCGAGGGUCUCAAGCAGUCGACGAUUCUCCAGUCCGAGGCCGACAGGGCAGAGCAGAUCAACAGGGCUACGGGAGAGGCUGAGGCUAUUCUUUUGAGGGCGCAGGCUAGUGCUGAGGGUAUUCGUCGAAUUGCAGAUGCCAUUACCAGCACUCCAGGAGGACACCACGCUGUGUCGUUGACUGUUGCUGACAAGUAUGUGGAUGCCUUUGCCCAGCUUGCCAAGGAGACCAACACGCUUAUCUUGCCAGCCAGUGCCAAUGAUGCAGCCGGAAUGGUUGCUCAGGCCUUGACGAUCUACGAUGGUAUCACCAAGAAGCGUGGAUUUGAUACAGCACCAACAGUGUCAUCCGGAAACUUUGGCUCCUCUCAAUAA